AAAUAGUUCUUAAUCGGCUAACGUCAAAAUCAUUCUUGUCAUUUAAUUCCAUCAAAAUAAAGUGAAAUAACCCAAAUUUAAUGCAAGAAUUCGCAAAUUCUUUCAUACAAGUCUAAAUUAUAGAGAAUAUAAAAUUAAUUAAAUGGAGCAUCUAAAAUUCGAAAUCUCUGGCGUCUAUUUCGAGUCUACUGUGUCUUAACGGAUUAUUUAUAUCACUAGUGUGCCGUUUUUCCAGCUGUUCGGCUGCCGCGAGUCUCAUUUCGUAAAAAAAACAAUAACACAGCCAAUCAAUUAUGCAUAACUGAAAAAUCCAACUGUUGUUAAUUAAAAAGAAAACAAUGGACGAAAUUUGGUUCCGGCUCUCGAACCAGAUCGAAGUUUUACAGGUUCGAGCUUCGGUUGUUGUUCAGCAUGGUCAACAAUGGUUCUCGGUUCUGAUAUCACAUUGUCGUCGAAUUUUACAUGAAUUACAUGACGAGGAAUUUUGUCAGCAAUUGAAAGAAUUCGGUCUGCGAAUUAUUUUGCUACUCCAAAGGGGCUGGGAGGAUUUGCAGUUUAAAAUUUUGUCUUUGCAAUAUAGUGCGAGAGCAUUUUAUCAACAAUUCGGAAACCUCUUUUCGAAUGAAGUUGCACAAAGGGAAGUGGGAUUUUUCGUAGUGGGCCUCGUUCUCGGCUGUUUAAUUGGAUACAGUAUUGGCCAAAAUUGGCGAAAUACCCUUCGUCACUUACACAAUAUGAAAGCAAUUACCUGUCAUCAUUAUAUUGGCAUCGAGGGUGUUUCGACGAUUGAAGAUGCAGAAAUGCCCGUGAUCCAGAGACAAAACGAACUUCUGAUCCAAGUAAAAGCCGCUUCCGUUCACGAUGUAGAUAUGAAAAUAUGCAAUGGAUAUUCGAGAUUUUACAGAAGACUUCUCAAUUCGGGAAGAUAUAGAGACUUGCCAGUGACUUUAGGCAGAGAUUGCGCCGGAGUGGUUGUGGACAUCGGCCAGAGCGUUGUAGACUUUGACAUAGGGGACGAAGUGUUCCUGGCAGUCCCUUCCUGGGCACCUGGAACAAUGGCAGAGUAUCUGGUUGUUCCCGAAACCCAGGCGGCUAGGAGACCAAAGCUUGUGACUUUCGAGGCGUGUGCAAGUUUGCCUUAUAGUGGAUGCAUCGCCUGGGAUGCUAUCGUUAAUCGAUCAAUUCUCAGGGAAGGAAAUGCCAAAGGAAAAAGAGUCUUAAUUUAUGGAGGCAGCACUCCAGUUGGAUGUAUUUUAACCCAAUUGAUUAAACUCUGGGGUGGAUUUGUCGUUUCCGCCUGCGGACCACACGCAAUUCCUGUUAGUAGAGCUUUAGGAGCAGACGACGUUAUUCCUCUCAGCGAAUCCGAUAUCGAAAAGGAAUUAGAAUUACGAGAAAAAUACGACGCUAUUUUUUACACAGGCGGCCAGCCGAUCGACGCGAACAUUUUGAAAAGAUAUUUAGCAAAUCACGGUUCCUACGCUUCGACAAUUCCAGAAUCUCUCACUUCGGAUUCGUUUGGAUUUGUUUUUGGAAAUAUUUUUGCUGGGUAUGUUCGACUGCAACUAGUAAUUGAGUACUUAUUUGGAAUGAACAAUUACGCCUGGAAAGACGGUUCGAAAAUAAAGGCUACUUAUUUGCGAUCUAUCCAAGAACUCGUCGACGCCGAUCAACUCCAAACAGUCGUGGAUCGAGUAUUUUCACCCCUCGGAGUAGAUCAAGCAUUGAAUCACAUUCUGGAUCCAAACUCGAUUGGAAGCACCGUUAUAAAAUUCCAUUAACGGCAAUCAGGCCAUAGAAAUAAUAAUAAUAAUAAUAAUAUUAAUAAUA